AUGAUUGGAAUGGAAGUGAUUAUGUCCGAUGAAUCUAAGGCAUCAGAUUGCAACAUCCAGUUCCCAAUUAAUCCAAUUUCAUUCGAAAGGGUUCCUCUAUAUGCCUUGUCCAUCAUAACAGCAUCAAUUGCGAUAUUCCAAAAAGUAACACGCGAUAUCUUUCCAAGAUAUUGA